UGCGAUACGCAAUCCCGCGCCCCUCUAUUAAUGUGUCAAUGUCAAAAAAAAAAAGAAAAAAAACUCCCUAAUGAACAACAAUCUCUGUCGGACUGACGGCUAAUCUAUGAUGUCAUGCAAAAAAAAAAGUACAAUAUAUAUCAAGUAAUUAAAUUGUGUAAGUUAAUGAGUACAUAUAUAAAAAGCCGUUUAUCUUAAGCAGUGUGCUACUUGAAUGAAAUUGUAAGUACAGUAAAUCGUUUCUGAUUUACCCGCACAUCCACCUAUUGACAUUAAAACAAAUGUUGUGAUGUGACUAAACUGAAAUAAGUAUAAAUGAUAAUGGAUAGGUAUUGUGCUUCCAUCAAUGAAUUCAUGGAUGAUUGCAGUUUAUUUAAGGAAAUAGUUUAAAUGUUAAGUUAUAUGAAGAAUUGAAAGUCUUUAUGGACUAAGUACUUAGAUGAAUAAAGCUUACUACCGCAAAUUAAGUCAAGAGAGAGGGGAAUGCUUUAGGCAUGCUUCAUGCCUCGGGGAAGGCUCGGUAGUCAUGUGGGAUUCUUUCCCCAAAUGGGAGCAUACCCACUAAACCCUUGUUCCCUUAUAGCCAUAAUGUGGGACGCCACGGGAUCGAGUUAACUUACCACCGCGACGCCCCACUGAUCAGCCCGAAAAUAGGGCCCCUCAGUGCGCCCCCAAUGGGGCGCUGCACCCGUAGGCGCUCCUCAAAGACGACACCGCGCAAUGCAGGUUCGGGAUGCACAAGGAAGCCUAGGCAAGGUCCUAAAAGGUGUAAACCAGUAAGAGAUGACUGUAAUGUUGUCUCCAACAUUCUUCAUAAUCGGUUCACGACAGCUUUUGAGUCUCGUAGUUCUCUUCUGUGAUAAAUGAAGAAUCGGUUUACGAGGUCCAGAAGGAGCUCAGCGUGUGUAUAGACGCCGCGGUGAAAGGUUUGCUGAAUGUGCUGUAGUUAAAACAUUGGGUUACGUGGGUGUGGGGUGGCAUUUGUUAUGACGCUCGUACAGAGUUGGUCGUCGUCGAUAGAUGCAGCGUUAAUGCUGACAGGUACGUCACAAAAUUCCUAGAACCACAUGUGAUGCCGUUUGCGCCAUUCAUUGGCACGACAACACUUGUGCACACACCGCGAGAAAAAAAAAUGGCUCUGGAUUCUUGGACGGCGUCAAUAUCCAGCGUUUACCAUGGCCAGCUCGGAGUCCGGAGCUGAACCCAAUAGAGCAAUUAAUGUACAACCGAUUUGGAGUCUACACCAGCUCCUUCGACCAUCGAUGAGCUAAAAACUGCAGCCGUUGAGGAGGGGGAGAACGUUCCAUAAAGUGAUAUCCAAGACAUACUGGAUGGGCUUUCGAAUCGUUUACAAGAGGUCAUUAGGGCAAGAGGAGAAAAUACACGUUAUUAUUGCGAAAAAGCUGAGGUAGGUGACCUGCUUCUGGUACCCGAGAGGCGCAAUGACGAGCCAGGAGCCGAGCGCAGUCGAGCUGAGCGCGGCGCAGCGGGCGCGCAUCGAGCGGAACAGACUGCACGCGCGGGCCCUCCACGAGGCGCGUCUCGUCACUCGAUCACAAAGUAACGCUUUGGAAGGCGCAAAACAAAUCUAUGUAGGGAAAAAGCGAGCUGUUGAUACUGGAGGAGGUUUCUUGGUGGAAGCGGAGAGCGCGGAGGCGAGUGUGGGGUCGGGGGGCAGGGCCGCGCCGUUGGUGCACGCCUCGCAGCAGCCGCGCUGCAAGGAGUGCCAGCAGCUGUUCCCGCAGUCCUACCUGUUCGACACCUUCGACUUCAGCGUGUGCGACGACUGCAGGGACGAUGAGGGAGCGCACGAGCUGGUGACGCGCACCGAGGCCAAGAGCGAGUUCCUGCUGAAGGACUGCGACCUUGACCUGCGGCCGCCGGCGCUGCGCUGCGUGCGCCGCCGCAACCCGCACCGCACGCACUACGCGGAGAUGCGCCUCUACCUGCGCGCGCAGGUGGAGGAGCGCGCGCUGCUCGUGUGGGGCUCCGAGGAGCGGCUGCUGCAGGAGCGCGCCGCGCGCGAGCAGCGCCGGGAGCGCGCGCAGACCGCCGCCGCGCGCCGCCGCCUCACCGCGCUGCGCAUGGCCGUGCGCUCCAGUCUGUACGACGGCACGCACGCGCAGCACGACCACCGCUACGGCGAGGAGAGCUACGACGCCGAGACCGACCAGUACACGCGCGUCUGCGCCGACUGUGGCCACACGCAGACCUACGAGAAGAUGUGACGCCGAACAUCCCCCCCCCUCCCCUCCACCAAAUGUAACUUAUGUCAAAAACAACAGCAAAUACCAGACACUAGAAUGUUAAAAGUGAGUAAGGUGAAGUGGAGUCGAGAGCGAGUGCGGGUCGCUGUCGGUCGAGCUGCGCUUGUAUACUUUGUGAACUAAGGAGUCUUGAAAUACUAAUAUAUAUAUUAUGUAACAAUUUCUGUUCUGAUAGUGUAAAAUACUUCAUAUGAAACUUUUCACUAGAUUGCUAAAACACAUUAUGUUUGAUUAAUAACAUGAUUAUUUGGCCUCUUUUCUGAUUCAGUUCAAAUGUAAGUAAGUAUAAAGAUUAUUCAAAUAAAGGUUUGAUACGACUAUA